CCGCCAGCUGCCUCUCCUUCACUUCCCCUCGUUCGACACCUCCGCUUGUUCGCCGACCAUCCCAAUUGUUUCGGUUCAAUAAUCUUUCUUCUCAAAUUUUGAUUUUUUUUAAUUUUUUUACCAGCAAGAAAGAAGAAGGAAGUGAAGAAAGAGACAGGACUUGGGAUGAGGUUUAAGAAAGAUGAAAACUUUGGUGAAUGACAUUCUGAGUGGUGAUAUGAUCGAGUAUUAUGAUAUUUCUGGAUGUUAUAUACAAAGGCCUUGGACAAUGGCAAUUUGGGAAAGCAUGCAAGUUGCAUGGGUUACAAAUUCAGGUCAGAGUGAACUGGAAAUUCCUAUUGCAAUUCGUCCCACAAGUGAGACUGUUAUGUAUCCAUACUAUUCUAAGUGGAUUAGAAGUCACAGGGACUUGCCUUUGAAGCUUAACCAAUGGGGCAAUGUCGUGCGUUGGGAAUUCAGCAAUCCUGCUCCUUUCAUUAGGUGAUAGACCACAGCAUAUCGGAACAAAUGAUCAGUGCUGUGAUGGAAGUUGCAAAAGAAUUCUUCGACAUGCCUAUGGAAGACAAGGCCGUAUGCUAUUCACUUAUUCAGAGGAUUUCAAAAAAGUCCCCAGACUUUACACGAGCCAUGGCUGCAGCAAUCACGAAAGACAAUUAAGGAGGGACUGCUUGCGACUUGUUUACUAUGGACCUGGCGAUGAAUUCAUGCACCUCUAUCCCCAAAAGCCCACCACAUUCGGAUACUCGACUCAACAAAGUUUUCAUGCAGCUGGGGCUACAGCUAAGUGGGUUUCUAUAUUGUCAGGGAUAUCAUUGUCAAAUUCGUAGCAGAGGUAGAAGGAUCGGCCGCCAGGAUCCUAAAAUUAAUAUCCCAGGAAUUAGGACUAGGAGUAAAGAGUUUCUUUGGCAAGAAGGGCAUACGGCUUUUGCAACAAAAGAAGAAGCAGAUCAGGAGGAUAUGAAAUAUGAGCAGGAGCAACAACAACAUCAACAACAACAAAUGGUGUCUGACUUAGAGUCACAAGUGAAAGCUAUACAGGAACUUUUUUUAGGCAGCCAUCUUCAUUGACUCCUCAAACUCGAGACCAUGUGCAGGACUAGGUAGAUAUAAUAAAUGACAAACGAGGUGAAGAACACAAGCUGUGAUUUGCUUGAAGAAGAAUCAUCUCUCUUCAAUAUGGGUUUUGCAAGUGAUGGGUUAUCCUGGGUUAAAAGCAUAUGUCAAUCGCUCGAGACAUCUUGCAACAUUUAUGUUGACACCUGCAAUAAAUAUGUCAAUACUGCUGGUGAACAUAUAAAAAAGAUAUACGAAGAAGUACGUGAUUGGGAAAAUGAAAGUUUGUUUGACGAUGAAGGGCCAAUUUCUGAUUUAGAUUCGAAGCAUGUUACGACCAGUAAGGUUCCCGGUGAACUGUCAGUAGAGCUUCUGAAGAGUUCUUCUAGUGAAAAUCUACCAGCUAGCUGUCAGAAGCAACCAAUUGUUUCACUGUCAAAAGAUUCAGAUCGAGUAGAACUUUCUUCUGAGUCUAAAGCUCAAGUACACGUUCAAGGAAUUUCUUGUGAUGGAAUCAACGAGGAGCCACUUUCAAAUGGAGUUGGACAUUGUUCUGAUGUCACAAAGGAAAAUUGCAAGGAACUUCCAGAUGAUCAGACCGAGGAAAAUUGCAAGGAAUCUUCAGAUGGGACAGAGAAAAAUUGCAAAGAAUAUUCAGAUGACUCAGAGAAAAAUCACAAGGAAUCUUUAGAUAACACAGGGGAAAAUUGCAAGGAACCUUUAGAUGAUCCCACAAGCCCACAUGAACAAGAUAGCAUCCGACUUAAGCUCCAGCUUGAUGGAGGACCAUUAACUGUUUCAGUCCUUGCUCCACCAGCAGAAGAUAAUGCAGGCACCUCUCUGCACACAAUGGGAUUUUGCGAAAAUGACUAUGUGCCGCAGGUCAGGCCUCACAAAAUUGACACUUCUGGGCAAUUUGAGGAAAAUGAAUUUUCAGAUUCUGAUGGCAGGGACGAUUUGUCUUCUGGUACCUCUACUAUGCUUAAUCAGAAUUCAGAAACAGAAAAAUUUGAGUCCAUAAAGAAUGAAGAUUUUUUCUAUAUUGCUGAAAAUAAUGAAAAGAAUAUGCCGUUCAAGAAAAAACUCAGGAAUAUAUUUUCUUCUCGGAAGGGAUAUAACUCUGCAAAUUAUCAGUACAGGAGUAAUGACUCAGGAGCGCAAAUCAAACAGAUGAGUUCUGCUUCAUUUGCUUCUAGUGGAGAUUUUAAUCUUAAUUUAUCGUCAAAUCAAGAAUCCAUUGAUUCAGGAUGGGAGCUUCUGUAAAUCAAAAAUAGCAGAAUGGCAUAAAUACCUAAGUCUGAAGGUAAACUUGCUGCAAUUAUACCUAUAAAAGACAUUUAAUUUAAUAAUAGGCUGGAAUGUCCUCA